AAAUGGAACUGGGUUCAGUUUUUAUUUUCAGUUCCGGUUUUGUUUUAUGCGGGAUGGAUGUUUUUUGUUCGUGCCUAUAAAUCAAUUAUUACCUGGAAUUUAAAUAUGUUUACCUUAAUUGGAAUUGGAACGAGCGUUGCGUUUCUAUUUAGCGUUGCGGGAAUGUUUUUUCCGGAUCUUUUUCCAUCCGAAUUCAAAUCACAUCACGGAACCAUUCAUCUUUAUUUUGAAGCCGCAAGCGUUAUUAUAACUUUGGUUUUAUUAGGACAACUAUUAGAAGCCAAAGCGCACGGACAAACCAACGGCGCGAUUAAAGCAUUACUAAAAUUAGCGCCCACCGAAGCUACUUUAGUAGAAAACCGAACGGAUAGAACCAUCUCUAUUCACGAUAUUAAAAAAGGAGAUUUACUUCGUGUAAAACCGGGAGAGAAAAUUCCGGUUGACGGAAAAAUAACUUCCGGGGAAAGCAGUAUCGACGAAGCGAUGAUUACCGGAGAACCUAUUCCUGUUGAUAAAAAAACGGGAGAUACUGUAAUUUCAGGAACUAUAAACGGAAACAAAUCAUUUGUGAUGAUAGCCGAAAAAGUAGGUUCAGAAACUUUGCUUUCUCAGAUUAUUCAAAUGGUAAACGAUGCAAGUCGUUCGAGAGCGCCAAUUCAAAAACUGGCAGACCGCGUUGCGAAAUAUUUUGUUCCAACCGUUGUUGCCAUUUCUAUAUUGACCUUUAUUCUCUGGGCAAAAUUUGGUCCGGAACCUUCUUAUAUCUACGGAUUAAUUAAUGCGAUUGCCGUUUUAAUUAUUGCCUGUCCUUGUGCUUUAGGAUUGGCGACUCCAAUGUCGGUUAUGGUGGGCGUUGGAAAAGGUGCUCAACACGGAAUUUUAAUCAAAAAUGCCGAAGCGCUCGAAAACAUGAAUAAAAUUGAUGUUCUGAUUACAGAUAAAACCGGAACGAUUACAGAAGGAAAACCAACAGUAGAGAAAAUUUAUGCGAUCGAUAAUAACAAAGACAUUCUUUUGCAAAACAUUGCUUCACUAAAUCAGCACAGCGAACAUCCUUUGGCGCAAGCCGUUGUUAAAUUUGCAAAAGCCAAAAAUCAGCAAUUAUUGGAAGUUCCGGAUUUUGAAGCCGUUGCCGGAAAAGGGGUAUUAGGAACCGUUAAUAACUCAAAAAUUGCAUUAGGAAACAAAAAACUAAUGGAACAGAUAAACGCUUCUGUUUCUGAUGAUUUUGAAAGCAAAAUUACAGCCGAACAAAAUCUGGGAAAAACGGUUUCAUACAUCGCGGUAAACAAUAUUAUUGCUGGUUACGUAACCAUUACAGAUGCCAUAAAAGUAAACAGUGCCAAAGCGAUCAAAGAUUUGAUCGAUCAGGGUGUUGAAGUUAUUAUGCUUACCGGAGAUAAUAAAAAUACAGCCAAAGCGGUGGCAGAUCAGCUUCAUUUAAGUUCUUUUAAAGCCGAUUGUCUUCCAGAAGAUAAACUGAGAGAAAUUGAACGUUUGCAAGCCGAAGGAAAAGUGGUGGCGAUGGCCGGCGACGGAAUCAACGAUGCUCCGGCUUUGGCCAAAGCAGAUAUUGGAAUCGCAAUGGGAACCGGAACAGAUGUUGCCAUCGAAAGUGCUAAAAUAACGCUUGUAAAAGGAGAUUUAAACGGAAUUGUAAAGGCUAAAAAACUAAGUUAUUCGGUGAUGAAAAACAUCAAACAGAAUUUAUUCUUCGCCUUUAUAUACAAUGUUUUGGGCAUACCAAUUGCGGCGGGAAUUUUAUAUCCUGUCUUCGGGAUUCUGCUUUCGCCAAUGUUAGCCGCGCUGGCUAUGAGCUUAAGUUCGGUUUCGGUAAUUGUAAAUGCUUUGCGAUUGCGAAACCUCAACCUUUAA